AGUCCACCCUCCCCCCAUCCAAAGUCCACUUCCUCACCAUCCACAAUCCACCACCAUCCCAUCCAGAGUGCACCACCGCCCCAUCCAUAGUCAAGCCUCCCUGCUCAUUUGGCGACACACUCCACCCCUACCUCUCCUUCCCCCCCUCCCAUCGUUUGCUGACAGCCAGAAGUGCACGUGCAAAAUGGUUAGGCCUGUGGGAGGAGGGACACACCCAGCGCAGCAGGCGGUGUCAGAGGCCCGGCGAGGCACGGUGUCCAUGACGUGCCACAUGGGUCCUCUCGUCGCGGUGUGGCGUGUGGGUUUGACGGGGAAGUGUAGGCUACAGGACAGGGUCGCCACAGUGGACGAUCUGAUUUUUUUCCUUGCCCAACAUGCCAAGGCCGUAGUGGAGAGCCUUGAGAAGGCUGCGCUAGCUGCAGUCCCCCAAGACGAUGCCAAGGCCAGAGCAAAGCUGUUGGAGGGACACAAGAAAGCAUACGGGAUCAUAUUCGCGAGCCGUGUGCGAGAUGGACCUGCCUCUGCCGCACAACUCCUAGCGCGAACCACUGGGGCUCUCCGUGGGGUCAGAUUUGGGUUUCCGCUCUACAAGUGGACAGAGGCCGGAAAGUAUAGACUGGCUGAGGGCAAUGGAUGGGGUGGCGCACGCCAAGGGCAAGCCUACGAAGCACAAAAGGAUGCCACCCUCACCGCUGUGAGGGAUGGGCAGAGCAGGGGAGAGAGCGGGGAGCAUUGUGGGCUGCCCAGAGGAAGUCUCCGGGCACACCUCGCUGCCAUGCGUGGAGCCAAGCCCAAUACUUGGGCAUGAAGCAAAAGUGGAGGCUCCCAUAGUGGAAGACUGGGUGGGAUAGGUUUGGGGGCGAGGGUAACACGCGUUCCCACUGGCGGCAGCGUCGGUAAUCUGGGCGGCGAUUGUGGUGCACGCCCGUGGUGCCGUUGGGGUGUUGGCCGGGCGGGGUUGGUGUGGAUUAUUCUUGUGCAUCAUAAAUAUAACCGCACAUGUCCCACUAACACGGAUGCCUUGUGAUGGCCACAAUCGCUCACUGGCAAGGGGUACAAAACAUUUCAAGGCGUGAUACUUAUAUCCAUCGGGGGAGGUUAUGCUUCCAAUGGUCUCGACAG